AUGGCAACCGUUCCAACUAUCAAAUUGAACCAUGGCGGGGUUGAAAUCCCAGUUAUCGGAUACGGCCUCGGAACCGCUCACUUCAAAAGAGCCGGCGACGAAACCUUAGACCCAGCCAUCACCACUGCCACCCAAACCGCCUUAACCGUCGGUUUCACCCACCUCGACGGCGCCGAAGCCUACGGCAACGAACCCGAACUCGGCCUCGCCCUCUCUUCUUCCUCUUCCUCUCCAAAAACCCCACGUUCAUCCCUCUUCAUCACCACAAAACUCUACAAAUCCAUCUCCUCCCCCUCGGAAGCUCUCUCCACAUCUCUCAAAAAGCUAGGAGUCGAUUACGUAGAUUUAUACCUAAUCCACGCGCCAUUUUGGGAUGAAAAGGAAAAGGGUAUAACAAUCGAACAAGCUUGGGGGGAAUUGGAAGGAUUGUACGAGAAAGGAUUGGUGAAGGCUAUCGGGGUUAGUAAUUUUGGAGUCGAGGAGUUGGAGAGGAUUAGAAAGGUUGCUAGGGUGCUGCCGGCGGUUAAUCAGGUGGAGUAUCAUCCUUAUCUACAAAACCCAGAACUUAAGGAAUACCAUAACAAACAUGGAAUAGUAACGGCAGCCUACGGCCCUCUGAUCCCGAUUACGAAGGGUGCACCGGGUCCUUUGGAUAGUGUUAUCGAGGAUCUCAGCAAGAAGUAUAAUAAAUCAGCGACACAGAUACUUCUGCGCUGGGCUGUCGAUGAUGGGAAUGUAGUCAUCACUACCUCCUCGAAGGAAUGGAGAAUGAAGGAAGCGCUUGCGAUCACGGAGUUCAAACUUGAGGAUGAAGAUGUGGAGAAGAUUAGAACUGUGGGGAAGGAGAAGAGGCAUAGGGUUUUUUGGAACAAGGAGUAUAAGGAAUAA